CGAUCGAGUGGCCAGCUGUUUGUACAAAUGCGGGAUCGGAGUAUCAGGUUAGUAAUGCUAGGCAUCACCCACCCACGCACCGGUUCGCCAAUGGAGUCGUCGGCUAGCACGGUCGCUGCCUCGCCGCGGCCGCACGUCGUGCUGGUCGCCAGCCCCGGCGCCGGUCACCUCAUCCCGAUGGCCGAGCUCGCUCGGCGCUUCGUCGCGCACCACGGCCUCGCGGCCACGCUCGUCACCUUCACCGACCUGUCGGCGCCCAACGCCCACUCCGCCGUCCUCUCGUCCCUCAGCGCCUCCCAAGUCUCCACCGUCGCUCUCCCAGCCGUCUCGCUCGACGACCUCCCCGCCGACGCCCACAUCAGCACCGUGCUGUUGGAGCUGAUCGGCCGCUCCAUCCCGCACCUCCGGGCCCUGCUCCACGACAUCAGCUCCGCCGCCUCGCUCGCUGCGCUAGUGCCGGACUUCUUCGGCUCCACGGUGCUGCCCCUCGCCGCCGAGCUCAGCGUCCCGGGCUACAUCUUCUCCCCCAGCAACCUCACCGUGCACGCCCUCAUGCGCAACGCCGUGGAGCUCAACGAUGGGGCUGCUUCCGGCGAGUACUGUGACCUACCGGACGUUCUCCGGCUUCCCGGGGGCAUGUUGCUGCGCCGCGAGGACUACGGGGACGGGUUCCGGAGCAGCAAAGAGCCUCUCUACGGGCAGCUCAUCGUGGAGGGCCGCCGGUACCGCGCCGCCGACGGCUUCUUGGUGAACACCUUCCACGAGAUGGAGCCCGGCAACGCGGAGGAGCUCAAACAGGCGGUGGAGCAAGGUACGUUCCCGCCUGUUUACCCUGUGGGGCCGCUCAUCCGACCAUGCUCCGACAAAGAUGACGCAUCGGCGUGCUUGGACUGGCUGGAUCGCCAGCUGACGGGAUGUGUGGUGUACGUCUCCUUUGGGAGCGCCGGCGCGCUGUCCGUGGAGCAGACGGCUGAGCUCGCCGCCGGGCUGGAGGACAGCGGCCACAGGUUCCUCUGGGUCGUGCGCAUGCCAAGCCUGGACGGAGAAAAUUCCGACAAGGAUGACCCACUGGCAUGGCUUCCCGAGGGGUUCUUGGAGCGGACGAGCGGCCGUGGCCUCGCCGUGGCGGCAUGGGCGCCGCAGGUGCGCGUGCUUUCCCACCCGGCGACGGCGGCGUUCGUGUCCCACUGCGGGUGGAACUCGACGCUGGAGAGCGUGGCGACCGGGGUGCCGAUGGUCGCGUGGCCGCUGUUCGCGGAGCAGAGCGUGAACGCCGCGCUCCUGUCGGAGAAUGUGGGCGUGGCGCUGCGGCCGCGCGCAGCGCGGGCGGAAGGGCUCAUCGCGCGGGAGGAGAUCGCGGCGGCCGUGCAGGAGGUGAUGGGUGGGGAGGAGAAGGGGCGCGCCAUGCGCCUCCGGGCCGGGGAGCUGCAGCAGGCGGCGGCGCGGGCGGGCGCGCACGGGGGGUCGUCCUGGCAGAUGCUGGAGGAGGUCGCCGGCAAGUGGAAAGCGGCAGCGCUUGGCAGGCAGAAGCAGUAGAAGAUGGACUUGCAACAGCAGAGACAGGUGAUCGUCGACUCAGCGUACUUUGGUUUGUAUGCUACCUGAUGAUGAAAAUAAUGAAUGUGUGUGUUUUUCCGUCUC